AUGCCUGACUUAUACACAGCAAGCGAUAUGGUCUACAAACAGCUGUUCAUCGACAAUGAGUACGUCGAUGCAACAUCUGGCGAAACCUUGAGCAUCUACAACCCGCAUGAUCAAAGUCUUGUCGCCGAUGGUAUCCAAGUAGCAUCCGAAGCAGAUGUUGACAAGGCCGUAGCUGCAGCCCGUGCCGCCUUCAAAGGCGGAUGGUCUAAGUGGACACCACGACAGCGCAGCGAUGCUAUGCUGAGGUUUGCUGAUUUGGUGGACCAACAUGCCGAAGAGCUCGCACUGUGGGAGACCAAGAGCAUGGGUCAGCCCAUCGGCGUUGCGUCGUACAUCUAUGGCCUGUUUGGUGCAGUUUUCAAAUACUACGCCGGUUGGACAGACAAGCUUCCUGGAGAGGCCUGGACUGAAGAUGAACAAGGAAUGUACAAGAUUAUUCAGUACGAACCUGUUGGCGUUUGUGCUGGUAUUGGCGCCUGGAAUGGCUCUGGGAUGUUCUUUGCUUACAAGAUUGCCGCUGCGCUAGCUGCUGGGUGUACGUUCAUUUACAAAGGCUCUGAGAAGAGCCCGAUUGGCGUGCUGCAGCUUGGCCAAUUUGUAAAAGAAGCUGGCUUUCCUCCCGGGGUGAUCAACAUCGUUACUGGUGAUGGUAAGGUAGGCGCAGCAUUGGCUUCCCACAUGGAUAUCAACAAGAUCUCUUUCACUGGGUCUGCCUUCGCCGGAAAGAAAGUCCAGGAGCUUGCUGCGAAGAGUAACCUCAAGCGCGUUACGCUUGAACUGGGUGGCAAAUCCCCGAGUCUCAUCUUCCCUGACGCCAAUCUGGACAUCGCGCUCCAGCAUCACAGCCAGAAUUUCCUAAUGAACUCUGGCCAAGUAUGUGUUGCCGCAUCUCGUACCUUUGUCCACGAAGAUAUUGCAGAGAAGUUCAUACAGGAGCUGAAGACGCGCUUUGAGCAACUCGCAAAGGCUAUGGGCCAGCCUUCGGACCCGAACAUGUACUUCGGCCCACUGGCGGACGGCGCACAGUUUGAGCGUGUGAUGAGCUUCCUUGAUAUUGGAAAGAAAGAGGCAGAGCUUGUGACUGGUGGUGCGAGGCAUGGUGAAAAUGGAUGGUACGUUCAACCGACCAUUUUUCUGAACCCGAAGGACGACGCAAGGAUUUAUCGGGAAGAGAUCUUCGGCCCUGUUCUUACAAUCCGCACUUUCAAAACCGAAGAGGAGGCCAUCGAGCUUGCCAAUGAUACCAGCUUUGGCCUGUCGUCUUGCAUCUUCACAGCAUCAAUGCCACGUGCCUUGCGCCUUGCGAAGCAACUUGAUGCUGGCAACGUAAAUAUCAAUACCUCGCAGGUCUUAGGCCCAACCGUGCCAUUUGGUGGUUCCAAGCAGUCUGGAAUCGGACGAGAGGGUGGUCGCAUGGGCUUGAUGAACUACCUUGAGGCGAAGACCAUCAACAUCAAGUAUGUCGACCCUUCGCACAUUUGCCUUCCAACACUAACAGGGAUUAGUCUGAAUGCCUAA